CGUAUUGCACUUGUAUACGACAACAGCCAUUGCGUGAUCUGGGCCUGAGUCCAACAACUUCGGUGAAACGAGUUCGAUCGCUGUAAACUCGCUCUAGGCCAACGCCACGUACCGGGUCUCACUCGCAAAUGCCCGCCACCUACAAGACUGUUAUCCUAGGCGGAGGCAAUGCCUCUGGCUACGCCGCGAAGGCGUUCGUAGAGGCGGGCAUCGAGAAAGACUCGCUAGCGAUUAUCACCGAGGAGCCGUUCGUCGCUUAUGAGCGGCCGGCGCUCUCCAAGGGCUACCUGCUGGGCGCCGCCCGGCUGCCUGGCUUCCACACCUGCGUGGGUGGCGGCGGCGAGCGCCAGGCGCCCGAGUGGUACGCUGAGAAGGGCAUCACCUACCUGACCAACUCGCGUGUGACGAAGGCCGACCUGGCGUCCCGCACGCUGAUACUGGCCUCCGGCGACACCGUCAGCUACAGCCAGAGCCUCAUCAUUGCCACCGGGGCCCGGGCCGUCAAGCUGACGGAGUUUGGUGUGCCGGGCGCCGACCUGUCCGGCAUCCACUACCUGCGCGACGUCAAGGACGCCGAGUCGCUGGUGGCAGCUGUGGCGGCGGCCAAGGAGGCCAGCGGCAAGGCUGUCAUUGUGGGCGGCGGCUACAUCGGCAUGGAGUGCGCCGCCGGGCUGGCCUCCACGGGUCUGGCGGGCGCCACCACCAUCGUCAUGCCCGAGGACCGCCUCAUGGCGCGACUGCUCACGCCGCAGCUGGCUGCUGUGUAUGAGCGGCUGUACGGCGACAAGGGCGUGACCAUGGUGAAGGGAGCCAAGGUCACAGCCUUCACCGGCACGGACGGCAAGGUGACGGGUGUGACCUACACGGACGCGGCGGGCGCCAGCCACCAGCUGGAUGCCUCGCUGGUGGUGGUGGGCGUGGGGGCGCGCGCCAACUCCGACCUAUUCACCGGCCAGCUGGAGAUGGCUGCGGGCGGCAUCAAGGUCGACCGCAUGAUGGCCACCAGUGUGCCGGGUGUGUACGCUGUGGGCGACGUGGCGGCGUUCCCGCUGACCAGCGUGGCCACCGGCCAGGAGUCGCACGUGCGCCAGGAGCACGUCACGCACUGCCGGUCGAGCGCGGCCCAGGCAGUCAAGGCCAUCACCAGCACCUCCGCGCCGCCGCCCGCCUACGAGUACCUGCCUUUCUUCUACAGCCGCGUGUUCAACUUGUCCUGGGUGUUCUACGGCGAGGCCGCCGCGGACGCCACGCCGGUGCACUUCGGUGACCUGAACGAGGCCAAGGUGUUUGGCUGCCUGUGGCUGGGCGCGGGCGGGCGGCUGGUGGGCGCCUUCCUGGAGGGCGGCAGCGGCGAGGAGGCGGCCGUGCUCAAGUCGGCGGUGGCGGCGGGCGUCAAGGGGCUGGACGCGGGGCUGGACACGGCCAGCGGCAGCGGCACCGUGGCGGCCAUCAAGGCCAAGCUGUGAGCUGCUGCGGGGAAGGCGCUGGGGAGAGGUGCUGGGACGAGGUGCUGGGAGCAUGCGAGGGAGGUGCUUGGAGCAUAUUCGAGGGAGGUGCUGGGGAAGAUGCUGUGCAUUGAGGCUUAGUGGUGGUGACUGGUGGUGGUGGUGGUGAGCUGCAGAGCUGGCUGUUCGUGCCGUGCGGUGGGGUAGGCAAAGCGUGAACCAGUGCGUGCGCGCGAGGCACAGCAGUGUAGUGGGUAUGGGUGUGCAUGCAUCAGGGCGCUGCAUGACAAGAAAAGGUGGCUCUCCCUUGCAAGGGAAAAGUGGGCUGUGCCGCCACGCCACGUCCUCCGUCUGAGGCCGAAGGUUCCGAUACUAGCCUCAUCUCCCGGACAUAGCCGGGGUCGGUUUGUACAGGCACCGCCCGCCA